CUCUCGACAUCUGUCACCAGAUACCUUUCACGGAAGCAUGAUGUUGUAGAGCCUUCUGCGGCCGUCAAGGAACUCUUCUGAUGUCGAGGAUUUAACACAAAGAGCAUCUGAGCCAUCAACUGUGCCGUCCAUUUGGCAACCGUGGAGUCACGUAGCAGAGACUUUUGACAUUCACCAUCGCCAUUGACCCUACACCUUGCCAAGCCAUAUCUUUCUCAUGGAUGCCUCGCUUACCAUGUACACACGAUGCUUCAUGGGACAGGGUGCUCUUAUGUAGAUUGCCAGCUCGAGAGUUGACGGGAUACCAGCCUACAUGCGCUGGACAUGGACGACCUUCUAGGCGAGGACUGGCAGGCUCCGCCGAAAGCCGCCAACACCGCUCCCUUGAAACCUACUCCCUUCGCCUCCGGCUACAGCGGUUUCCGUGCGAGUCCGCAGGCUUCGGUCUCAGUCUCGGGUGCCACAUCUCCACAGACCAUCAGUCGACCCUCCAGCACCGUCAAUGGCACGGCGAAGCCGGCGAGCGAUAGCUUUGGCAGCUUACUGUCACUGAAGUCGCAAAAGGCCGCAGAUAACUUGUCAAUUCAAGAGCGACAGAGGCAACUUCUGGAGGAGAGGCAGCGAUCUCAGACACAGCAUUCGCAGCUAUGGGACACUCUGGGUAGCGGCAGAGGCACGCCCGAGAUCAGGGUGCCUUCUCCGGCCGUAUACAACGACGAAGACGAUAUACUGGCUGCUUUCAACCGAUCAGCACCGGUUGACAAUGCUAGCCACUUUCCACCGCCGGUGUCGAAUGGUGUUAGUGGCACGAGUACCCCAGCAGUAGCUCAGAAGGCGCAGAGCGACCUGGGAAGCUACGAUGAGGAUGACGAUCCGUUUGGCCUUGGUGCGACUAAGUCUGGCAACGGCCACGCUGUCCCACCUGCAAUACGAGCUACACUUGACGACGAGGAUAUACUUGGUGAUCUCGGCAAGCCUGUAGCGGAAAGACCUCCCAUAAGCCUACGGAGAGUUGAGCGUGAAGCGGACACUAGUCACGUGGUGGCACGGGAAACGGGUCAGGAACCGGUGGAUCGCUCGGUAGCUGAACUGGUAGAGAUGGGUUUCCCUGCGGACAAUGCUCAGAUAGCCUUGGCAGAGAAUGGCGGGAACGUGCAAGCCGCGGUUGGUUGGCUACUGCAGCAAGCACACGAAGAGUCUCGGCAGAAAGCACGGAGUGAUGUCGAGAGCAGACAACGAAAGGCGGUGCAUGGCAGUCGAAGCCCGCCUCGGAGGCAGCGCAGUAACGACGGUGAGACUCCGGCGUGGAUGCGAGCAGGCUCGGCAACACGAAGAGAGAACAGCAAAUCACCUGCGAACGGCGAGCGAGAUGCUGCUCAGGUCGCGCAGGACCUCAGCAGUAAGCUUUUCAAGGGAGCCAAUUCGAUCUGGAAGGCAAGUCAGAAGCAGAUGGCGAAGACCAUGGCCGAGUUUCAGCAAGAACGUGACUCCAGUCAGCCGCGGUGGAUGCAAGAGACUCGGUCAGAUAGCGACACCGCCAGCAGGCAAGCACGAAAGGCGGAGCGAACGCAGCCGCGCGCUGCAAGGCCUGCAAAUCUGACGGACGAAGCUGCGAUGCUUGCUGCGCCUCGUGAGUCAAGGCUAGCGAAGGAAAGUCGAGCCACCGCACCCGAAGCUUUCAUAGAACCGGUGAGCCGUGGACGGUCACCAGCUGAACCCCAACCUUACAAACCGGCAUCACAGCCCAAAUUCAUGCAGCAGGCGCCGCCAUCCCAAGACCGAAGGCCUGCUACGAAGCUGAGUAGGCAGGAUAAUGAGGAGCAGACAGCUGAAGCCUACGUCAGCCCUGCAAGGCGAAAACGCCCUAUGCCCAAACCGGAGCCUCCAAGUGACCCCGAAGUCGACUUGUUCAGUCCUGCACCCUCGCGCACACCCACAACAACAUCACACACUCCCGCACAGCCAGCGCGAGCGGCAGCGACCCAAAAGCCGGCAUCUGUGCCUGUCAAGCCCGCGAGACCAGCAAGAAGCAUACCAACAAUCUCACCUUCCGCUCUUGCUUCCUCUGCUCAACACCGUAAAGCUGGCGGCGAAGCCUUCAAGCGAGGCGACUACGCCGCUGCACACGAGUCGUACACUGCCGCGAUCGGUCCUAUACCGGCGACCCAUCCUAUCAUGAUCGUUGUUUUGAGCAACCGUGCCUUGACAGCCCUCAAAACCGGCGACGCGAAGACGGCGGUCUCUGACGCCGACCGAGCGCUUGAAAUUAUCGGGAUCGGUCAAGGUGUGGGAGAAGUCGUUGACCUCGGCGGCGCUGAAGGCACGAAAGACAUGCGCGACUUCUUCGGCAAAGCUCUCACGCGCAAAGCGGAAGCUCUCGAGCAUAUGGAGAAAUGGUCCGAUGCGGCUGCCGCCUGGCGACAAGCUGUUGAAGCUGGUGUAGGUGGAUCAGUGGCGUUACGAAGCCGAGACAGGUGCGAGAAGGCUGCUGCACCUGCACCUGCACCGAAGACCGCUCCUUCGUCUUCUGUUCGCCGCAUCGCACCUUCGCCAGCCAAGGCACCACCAGCUAAGAGUCUGGGCAACAGCAUGCAGCGUCCGACGCUGACUUCCGCUACCUCCGCCGAAGCCGUCAAGAAGCUUCGUGCGGCCAACGCUGCGGCGGAGAAAGCGGACGACGAAAAGUUCGCGCUUACCGACGCCGUCGAUGCGCGCCUAGACACUUGGAAAGGAGGUAAAGCUGACAAUCUCCGCGCUUUGCUGCAGAGCUUAGACGGCGUUCUGUGGGAAGGUGCAGGGUGGAAGAAGGUGGGUAUGGCUGACCUGGUCAUGCCUAACAAGGUCAAGAUUGUGUACAUGAAGGCUAUUGGGAAGGUGCAUCCUGAUAAGAUUCCGCAGGAUGCGACAACGGAGCAGCGUAUGGUGAGCGCCGCUGUCUUCAGCACGCUGAAUGAGGCUUGGGACAAGUUCAGGACGGACAACAACCUUUGAGACCUUGCGAGGUCAACUUGUUGGACGCACAAAUGUGUAGCUGAGUGUCUCGCUUUUGAAACAUAUUUGCUUCACAACUGUCUGAUUGCGACCUUGGUUGGCUUGACAUGUCUUCAACCUGGGUAUAAUAGGUAGCGAUCGACCUGCUCUUCACAGUGGUGCGGUUCACAUACUGCCUGAGCGCACUUGCGAAGACUUCCUUCAUAGCACGAACAAAGCCCGAAUGAGUGCACAAUCUCU